AUGGCAAAGUACUUGGUUCCUGCGUCUCUGCUGCUGUCGCAGUCAAUGGCGGCCGCGACUCUGUUUGACUCGUAUGUGAGCUUGUCAUUCGAGCUCAUUGGCUUUCCUACGUUUGCCGGAACGAAGAGCCAACCAAACGCCUUUUCGCACAACUUGAUGCAAAACUUGGCCGACCUCCAGGGCAGCGGUAUCGUGACGCGAAUCGGUGGAAACUCUGGUGAUCGUGCCAUCUACGACGCGACCCUGACUACUUCCACAGCCAGCUCAUGCCCCAACGCCGAUCCCGGUGCCUGGCAGUGCAUUGGCAAGACGUUCUUCGAGUCCUACGGCGCGUUUCCCGCAGGAACUCGCUACUCUCACCAGUUCAAUCUCGGCGCCUAUAACUCCUCGGGAUGGAACACUCUCCAGACGACGGUGCCUCUGGCCUGCAAGGCGCUUGCAGGCCAGCUCGAAUUCUGGGAGGUCGGAAACGAGCCCGAUCUCUUCACCGGAAGCCGACGUCCCAGCUCAUACAGUGCUUCUCAGUACGCGGAUGAGUGGCUGAACACAACGCAACACUUCGAGAGCUACCUCCGCGCGGCCUGUCCCGAGCUGUCGGGCAGCGUCAAGUACAUUGCUCCCUCGUUGAGCUCGCCUGGUGCUCGGCUGCACAUUGCCGACAUCUUCCCCGACGAGGGCAACGCCACGGAGAAGAUCACGCAGGUCUCUGUGCACAAUUACAUGAACGGCGCGACUGUUCCGGGCGUCACUCUGCAGAACACGCUCAUGAGCCACACCGCCGUCGUCAACUCGAUCAACAACCACGUCAACUACGCCAAGACGUCUACCAUCGAUGCCGACUACAUCAUUGGCGAGCACAACAGUUUGUACGGCGGUGGUGCUUCAGGUCUGUCUGAUGUCUUUGGGGCUGCUCUCUGGGCUAUGGAGUUUUCCCUCUAUGCUGCCUCCACCGGCGUCAUCAAGCGCAUUCACUUCCACCAGUCUGUGGGUUCUCCUUACGCCGCCUGGGUCCCGUCAGGAACUCUUGCGACCAACGCCCCGUACUACGGAAAGCUGGCGGCCAGCACCUUCUUGGCCCACUCAAACACCAUCGAGGUGAAGACAAUUGCUCUGAACAAGGAUGCUGACAAGGACUCUGGAUACGGCGCCUACAUCAACGGUGACCUGCGUCGCGUUGCUGUUCUGAACCUUAGGCAGUACAACGCUGGCUCAGGCACUCGUGGAUCCCAGACUUACACUGUCAAGGUCGCGCCCAACUCUUCGUGGAAGUCUCAGCGUCUUACUGCAGCUGGUGCUACGGACAAGACGGGCGUUACGUACAACGGCUUCUCGUAUGACGCUGAUUCCAAUGGUUUGGCGAAGCGCGUGAGCGGAAAGGAGUCGGACAAGGUGAUCAAGGCUGACGGCAGCGGAAACCUUACCUUCUCUGUUCAGAACUCUGAAGCGAUUGUUCUGCUGAAGGUUUAG